CCGAAUAUUUCACUCUCUUCUCGCACCCACCACCACCACCACCACCGCAAUCCAUUUCUUCUCCUUCUCCUUCUCCUUCUCCUUCUUCCUCUCUCUCUCUCUCUCUCUCUCUCUCUCUCCGCUCUUCCACAAUCUCCACCUCCGUCGCACUCCAUCUCUCUAAAACCGACAACAAAAUCCGAAUUCGGAUCUCCAUUUCGGAGUCUGAUACUCUCCGCAUCGGAGUGUUUCGGAAGCUGCAUUAGUUCUGACAUUGCAGUCUAAUAUGGACCGACGGAGUUGGCCGUGGAAGAAAAAGUCGUCGGACAAGGCGGCAGCGGAGAGAGCCGCCGCCGCAGCGGACUCCUUAGCUAGCCAGGCACAGACUGAGCAAGAGAAGUACAAAAAACCAAAUUAUGUGCAAAUUUCUGUGGAGCAAUAUUCGCAUCUGACCGGUUUGGAGGAGCAAGUGAAGAAUUACGAGGAUCAAGUGAAGAAUUAUGAGGAUCAAGUUCAGACAUUGGAGGACGAAAUUAAGGAUUUGAAUGAUAAGCUCACUGAGGCCGAUUCUGAGAUGACUACCAAAGAGAGCUUGGUUAAACAGCAUGCUAAAGUUGCCGAAGAAGCUGUCUCAGGUUGGGAAAAGGCUGAAGCGGAGGCUCUCGCAUUGAAAACUCAUCUAGAAUCUGUGACUCUUUUGAAACUCACUGCUGAAGACCGGGCCGCACAUUUGGAUGGUGCUCUUAAAGAGUGCAUGCGGCAGAUACGAAAUCUUAAGGAAGAACAUGAGCAGAAAAUACAAGAUGUUGUUUUCACCAAAAACACGCAAGUUGACAAAAUCAAGCAUGAGCUCGAAGCGAAGAUAGCUAAUUUAGAUCAAGAACUCCUAAGGUCCGCUGCUGAAAAUGCUGCUAUUUCCAGGUCCUUACAAGAGCGUUCAAAUAUGCUAUUCAAGAUAAGCGAAGAGAAGUCACAAGCUGAGGCAGAAAUUGAGCAUUUUAAGAGCAACGUUGAGUCUUGUGAAAGGGAAAUACAUUCUCUGAAGUAUGAACUCCAUCUAGCCGCCAAGGAGCUAGAAAUUCGGAAUGAGGAAAAGAACAUGAGUAUGAGGUCUGCCGAAGCAGCCAACAAGCAGCAUAUGGAAGGUGUUAAAAAAAUAACUAAGCUUGAAGCAGAGUGCCAAAGAUUACGUGGUCUUGUGCGGAAGAAGUUACCUGGUCCUGCUGCACUUGCACAAAUGAAGCUUGAGGUUGAAAGUUUAGGCCGAGAUUAUGGAGAAACUCGAUUAAGGAAGUCUCCUGUUAAGCCUUCUAGUCCACAAAUGUCCCCGCACAUGUCCCUAGCGACUGAGUUUUCUCUUGAUAAUGUACAGAAGUUUCAAAAGGAGAAUGAAUUUCUCACAGAACGUUUAUUAGCAAUGGAAGAAGAAACAAAGAUGCUGAAAGAAGCUUUGGCAAAGCGUAACAGCGAUGUGCUGGAUUCAAGGAGUAUGUAUGCUCAGGCAGCCAGCAAGCUUCAAACAUUAGAAGCACAACUUCAAAUCAACAAUCUACAGAAAGGCUCGCCAAAAUCUGUUGUUCAGAUCACCCCUGGAGGUUCGUCAAGCCAGGAUGCAAGCAAUCCACCAAGCUCGACCUCCUUGUCUGAAGAUGGUAAUGAUGACGCCAGAAGCUAUACUGAGUCUUGGGCCACAACAUUGGAGAAGAACAAUGCAAAGUCAAACAAAUCUGAAAGUCAAAACGACUUGAAUCUUAUGGAUGACUUUCUGGAGAUGGAGAAGUUGGCUUGUUUGCCAAAUGACUCGAAUGGAGCCAUCUCUAGUAAGACAUCCGAAAGAGAGAGUCAUGAUGCUUUGGGAGAUGUCACUGCCGCCAAAGAUGUCCAAUCUGAGCAGCAGCAUGAUUCAAGUCCCUUGGUAGGUGACCAGGCAUCUUCUAAUGCGGAAUUGUCAGGAUCCAGUCCUGAAUCUGAUGAAAGCCAGCUGCCAAAUGCGGAAUUGUCAGGAUCCAGUCCUGAAUCUGAUGAAAGCCAGCUGCCACUGGUGAAACUCCGUUCGAAAAUCUGUAUGCUAUUGGAAUUCUUAUCUAAGGAAACGGAUUUUGGGAAAGUUAUUGAGGAUAUCAAACUUGUAGUCCAGGAAGCACAAAAUACUCUGCACCCGCACACUGUAAAGUGUGUUUCAGAGGAAGUUCACAGCUCUGAUGCCCUAUGUGACCGGCAGGCAAAUCCUGAUGAUUCUGGUUUAAGCACAGAAAAGGAAAUCACUUUGUCCCAGCCAGCCACAGAGACGAUGAAAGUAAUAAGCGAAGAUCUGGCAUCUGCCAUUUCUUUGAUCCAUGACUUUGUGCUGCUCCUGGGCAAAGAAGUGAUGGAAGUGCAUGACACGUUUCCGGAUGGCGAUGGAUUGACCCUAAAGAUUGAAGAAUUCUCUGGCACAUUCAGUAAAGUUAUUCAUGGAAACUUAAGUUUGGGUGAAUUUGUUCUUGGCCUUUCGCAUGUUUUAGCAGACGCCAGUGAACUCAAAUUCAACGUUCUAGGCGCCAAGGGUGUUGAAUCAGAAACUAACAGUCCUGAUUGUAUUGACAAGGUAGCAUUACCAGAGAAUAAGGUAGUUGAGAAGGAUUCAUCACAAAGAUUUCAAAAUGUUUGUGUCCACAUUCCUAAUGAUACUAACCCUGAAGUUCCUGAUGAUGGAAAUCUUGUCUCUGGCUAUGAACCAAAUGCCGCGCCAUGCAAAAUCUCACUGGAGGAGUUUGAACAACUGAAAUCAGAGAAAGAUAACCUGGCAACGGAUUUGGCAAGAUGUUCUGAAACUCUAGAGAUUACAAAGUCUCAAUUACAGGAAACUGAGCAGCUUCUUGCUGAAGCUAAAUUACAAUUUGCUUCUGCUAAGAACUCAAAUAGCUUAGCCGAGACGCAGCUGAAAUGUAUGGCAGAAUCAUACAGGUCACUAGACUCACGAGCUCAGGAGUUAGAAACUGAACUGAAGCUUCUGCAAGUCAGAAACGAAACUCUGGAAAGCGAGCUACAAGAAGAGAAAAGGAACCAUCAAGAUGCUUUGGCCAGAUGCACGGAACUUCAAGAGCAAUUGAAAAGCAAUGAGCGUUUGGAAGCUGAGACUGAAUUCAAGACAAAACAGGACAGGGAGUUGGCAGAUGCAGCGGAGAAGCUUGCCGAGUGUCAAGAAACCAUAUUUCUUCUCGGCAAGCAGUUGAAGGCAUUGCACCCUCAAACAGAGGUCGUGGGAUCUCCAUACAAUGGGAGGAGUCAAAAGGGUGAAGGGUUCACUGAGGAUGAACCCACUACCAGUGCCAUGAACUUGCAAGACUCAGAAAAAGGUGAGACGGAAGGUGCUUCUUCUGUCAAUGUAAACAGAGUGGGCAGCGAGUCUCCCAUCAACCUGCAUAACUCUCCAUGCCCAUCCGACACAGAGGCAAGCACUGUCUUAAAAUCACCAGUCAGUUCCAAAAGUCCGAAACACAAGUCUUCCAAGUCAACUCCCUCAUCUACGUCUUCUACCCCAACACCAGAGAAACAUCAGCGCGGCAUCAGCAGAUUCUUCUCCUCAAAAGGAAAGAACGGUUAUUAGGCUUGCAGCUCGAGAGCCUGAAUCACAUUUUCUCAUUGGAAAGGCCGUUGAAAGGAAUAAUUAGAACCAGCACCGAAGACAGAGACCUCCUUCAUUCGCGCUAUAAACGCCAUUUCCCGGGAAUUCCUGGGUGUGAAGAUAUAAUCUGAUGAGGGGAGAUACUUGUGAAGGCGGAGGUAAUUUUGUAACUAAUGGCUGUAUAUGAUAUCAUCCCAUAUCUGUUUAUUUGUUUUUUUCUGUCUUUCGCACGCCGCGUCUGUAUUUUCGGGUUGAUCGGAACAAUGACAUAGUUUAUGAACCGUUUCAAAGUAUUUGAAUACAAAUGUGUGUCACAGUUGUUA